AUGAGUGGACCCAAAACACCAGUAUCAUCGCCGCCCAAGUUAGGUCGUCUUUCCAAAGCUCUUGCAGAGCCACAUUCAAGCGGAAUGAUAAAGGAUACGGAAAUGACCGAUGUUUCAGUCAACAAAAUACCAAAAUCCAGAGCUACAGCCGUUCCCUCCGAAAGGGUUUUGCGGAGUAGUCCCAAGAAGAAAGUUGGAUUUGAGACCGCCAGUGAUAACGGAGUAGAUAGUUCGCCCACAAGAUCCAUUAAAACCACACCUGAGAAAAGAGAUUCCAUCGGGUCAAUCCCUGUCACAGUUCCCUUCACUCCUACGUUGAAACGGACAUCUAGUGGUCACUACAAGCUGCCAGAGUACAUGCAUAAGCUUGCACUGCCGCAGCAAGGCUCUAAAAAUGUACUCAAGACACCACGACCCUAUGAUUCUGAUGAAGAAGACGAAGAGAAUGAAUCAAAGCAAAUAUUCCGUCCUCAGAAAACGUUCCUUAGUCCCGUGGGGAAGAGGUUGGUAUUUGACAACAGCGGUAAUCCGGUUGUUCCAAGUGGAAAAGAUAUCAGUGAUAUGUCGGAAAUAUCUCAUGUAUUAAAGCUGAAGCUCACUAGCGCUUUAGGGAAACUUCAACAACAGAAUUUAGAACGACAACUGCAAAGGCAAAUGCAAUUUAAUCAACUCUUGGAUACGAUGUCAUCACCAACAAAAAAAGUAAAGAAACGACCAGUUUCUAUGCCGAAUCCACUCCCUUCUACUAGUUCCCAAUUCACAACUUUAGGACCAACAACUAGUUCCCAGCCACCUAUAAGUCCACUUCCAGGAUUACCUACGCCAGGCAAUAGACAACUUGGAAAUGGUGCCAAUCUUAAUCUUAAGACCCUUCAACAAUCUCCUGUGUCGUAUUCACAGCACCAUCGACAUUCUCAUCAUUUCCAUCCAAUUCACAAUAUGCCCAGUCCUGAUGAAGAACAGAGCGCUCAUAAUGCGCUUAUGAUAGCAUUGGCUAAAGUUGGAGGAGGUGGUAGUGGGGCAGGAGACCGGGAAUCGCCUCGAAAGUCAACAACUGUAUCGAACCAAGCAACUAUAGACACUAGAGUUAUCAGUGCAACUGUUAACUCACCAACAGCCAAUCGAAGACAUAGUAUGAACCUGCGUAGAUCUUCAUUACUCACCUCGCUCCCGCCCAUAGAGACAUGCCCCAGUGCUUUAUCUAAAUCCGUUGAAGAAAAACCUUCAACAACAGAACCACCAUCUACCACCAAUGGUGAACAGGAGGCGAUUAUGAGUUUGAUGCUGCUUUGCUCUCCUCGAAACCUACAUGGAGGCCUGAUCACCACAGCGACACCAGAUAAUGACGAGACUGAUGUUGAAGAUGCUACUGAAGAUGAAUCAGACGAUAAUGAGAUGGAAAAAGACCAAGAUGCAGGUUCUCUCAGAACCAUCCGCGGACACUAUGUUACAGGUUUAAAGGCCAAAUUACAGCAAGAAAGUAGCGGUAGUGUCAUUAAGCAACUUUUGCUUAAUAAUAUCGAAAAUGCUGAUGAUCUGGAGCAGAAAUAUGGUCGCAUCUAUAUAGCCAAUGAUCCAGAACAAACAAACUUACCGGUAGGCAUUUUCUCCAAACUUGCACUUUUAUUAGAUGACUCUCCAUCUCUGAGAGUUGAUGGGGAGAAUUUACCUUUGGGCCAAGAUUUGGAGUUGGUGAUGAACGGGCUUGUGAAUGAAAAUGGUGUAUGGAAGAAGAUUGCCAUACAGGAGACUCGAUUGAGCACAAGCGCUUUAAACAAGAAAGAAAGUAAUAACACAUCUACAUUGAAGAAGGGAAUGUUCAAGCGAAAGGCAAGUAAAUUGGAUUAUUUCAAUGAUGCAGACGAAAAUAACGAUGCUCUUAGUCCAAACGAAAUGAUAGAUGAGGAUUCGUUGGUUGAAGGUGGAAUAAACUAUAAGUUAAUCAAGCCAUCAUGUUUGGACGAAUUUAAAAAGACCAAGAGAAAGAAGAGAGCCUGUAAAGAUUGUACAUGCGGAUUGAAGGAAUUACAAGAGGAAGAAGAAGAAUCUACAAAGGUUAAGUUGACAGCCACCGAAUUAUCAGAAAUUGACUUCACUAUCGAAGGAAAGAAAGGUGGAUGUGGAUCAUGUUCUUUAGGAGAUGCAUUCAGAUGUGAUGGAUGUCCAUUUUUGGGUCUUCCUCCUUUCAAACCAGGUGAAGUUAUAAGAGUUGAUGGUUUUGACGAUUUGUAA